AUGCCCUCCGAAACACCGAGUCCCCUCAUCAACGAAGAUCGCCGGGAACAAUUCUCAAAAUGGCUACAGACGGCUUCCUUUGAAAAGUUUGCAAGUGGAAUACAUUCAUGCAACGAUAAAGAACUUGGCCGCCGGGUUUGGGAUCUACUGGUCGAGGGUGGUAUAUACAAAGAGGUAUUUCUUCCCGACAGUGUUGGAAAUAUACCUAAGCUGAUUACAAAGGGAUUCGAAUAUUCUGCUUGGAGGACCGAGUCAUCUUCACAAUUCAAGAGUAAGGCAGGGUCUGGUGAUCUGAUUGUUAUCUCAGGUACACCACGACUGGGAUCGAGUCCUGUCCUUGCACCGGGAUCGAUUUCUCGAGUGAGCAACGAAGACGUUGUCUACCCACCUAUGGACUGUAUCUAUGUCUCAAAUGCACAGAGAAAGGAUUAA